AUGGAGGGAGGGGUGCAGGAAGAUGAGAUGGAUGGGGUUGUGAAAGGGACGUACCGCACCCGUUCGCCUGCCAGCGGGUCUGGUGUGUUAAGCGCCACAAGGGGAUCCCUCAACUCGGCACUCGAACAAGACAGCACCCUCGCUCCCCUCUUUCCAUCUCCCCCUUCCCUGCCCUACCCCACUCUUCCCUCCCUGCUAGCCGCACCUGUUCAUCUGGCAGCAGGUCCGGUGUGUCAAGCACCACAAGGGGAUCCCUCAACUCAACUUGCCAGCUUCCCGCUCCUAUCCCCCUCACGGGCACAGAUCCCCCUCACGGGCACAGAUCCCCCUCACGGGCACAGAUCCCCCUCACGGGCACAGAUCCCCCUCACGGGCACAGAUCCCCCUCACGGGCACAGAUCCCCCUCACGGGCACAGAUCCCCCUCACGGGCACAGAUCCCCCUCACGGGCACAGAUCCCCCUCACGGGCACAGAUCCCCCUCACGGGCACAGAUCCCCCUCACGGGCACAGAUCCCCCUCACGGGCACAGAUCCCCCUCACGGGCACAGAUCCCCCUCACGGGCACAGAUCCCCCUCACGGGCACAGAUCCCCCUCACGGGCACAGAUCCCCCUCACGGGCACAGAUCCCCCUCACGGGCACAGAUCCCCCUCACGGGCACAGAUCCCCCUCACGGGCACAGAUCCCCCUCACGGGCACAGAUCCCCCUCACGGGCACAGAUCCCCUCACGGGCACAGAUCCCCCUCACGGGCACAGAUCCCCCUCACGGGCACAGAUCCCCCUCACUGGCACAGAUCCCCCUCACGGGCACAGAUCCCCCUCACGGGCACAGAUCCCCCUCACGGGCACAGAUCCCCCUCACGGGCACAGAUCCCCCUCACGGGCACAGAUCCCCCUCACGGGCAUAGAUCCCCCUCAAGAUCUCCUCACCAGCUGA